GUUGGCGAAGAGAGCGGCGGUACGACCAUUCAGAGCUCGACCAGCGCGCCGUGCACAUUUCGUGCCUCCGUCUCUCUCACGAGCUCUCGCGUACGCUGGUAAAAGUAGCAGCGCGCGAAGGCGUCGGGUAUAACAAAAUAUAAUACGAUAUUCAGUGACAGUGCGCGGGUUCGAGUUCGAUUCGAUUCGAUCGGAAAGGGAGAGAAAGACGGUGCCUGGCGUUCCGCUCCAGAGGUGAAAUUCACGCCAUGGCCGACGUCUGAGAUCGAUCCCCGAGUGUGAGACAGUUUUCCCCAUUCUACCCCGUUCUACCCCGGCAUCGGUGCCCGUCGACGAGUCUGCGUCGAAGAGUUGCGGCGAGAUCUGCGAAACAGAAAGAAUGUCGAAGUCAGGGAGCAUCAAAGAUGAUGAGAAGGGGCCCUAUGACCCGGUCCCUACCACCGAAAAGGGCAACGACGAGAUCAAACUGGAAGCGAAAAUGUCGCUUCUCAAUGGUGUCACUGUUAUCGUCGGUUCCAUCAUCGGUUCCGGUAUUUUCGUUAGUCCAACGGGCGUCCUCAAGUACACCGGAAGCGUGAACGCGAGUCUUCUCGUUUGGACGGCCUCCGGAAUUUACUCCAUGAUAGGGGCUUACUGCUACGCCGAGCUCGGCUGCAUGAUUAAGAAAUCGGGGGCGGAUUACGCGUACAUCAUGGAGACCUUCGGGCCCUUCUUGGCGUUCAUCAGACUGUGGGUCGAGUGCAUGAUAGUGCGCCCGUGCAGUCAAGCCAUCGUGGCCUUGACUUUCAGCGUCUACGUCCUCAAGCCACUUUUUCCGGACUGCUCACCACCCGACGAGUCCGUAAGAAUGCUCGCCGUCUGCUGCAUAUGUAUUCUCGCUUUCAUAAAUUGCUGGGACGUCAAGUGGGCGACGAGAGUGCAGGAUAUCUUCACGUACGCGAAACUACUCGCGCUAUUCGUAAUAAUCUUCACCGGGGCGUAUCAGCUUUGCACCGGACACACGCAGUAUUUCACGUUCGACAACAGCAACACGGAAGUCACGUCUAUAGCCCUCAGUUUUUAUUCAGGCCUGUUCGCUUACAACGGCUGGAACUACUUGAACUUCAUAAUUGAAGAACUGAAGGACCCCGUUAGGAAUCUGCCGAAGGCCAUCUACAUCUCGUGCGCUCUCGUUACGAUCGUCUACGUCUUUACGAAUAUGGCCUUUUACACGACUCUCAGCCCCGUCGAGGUGCUCGGUAGCGAAGCUGUGGCUGUGACAUACGCAAACAGAUUGUUCGGCGUAAUGGCGUGGACGAUACCGGUCUUCGUGGCUCUAUCUACAUUUGGUGCGGUUAACGGCAUUUUACUCACGUCCUCGCGACUUUUCUAUGCGGGUGCCUGCGAGGGUCAGAUGCCGGAGAUACUGACGAUGAUCCAAAUUAACAGAGUGACACCUGCGCCCGCCGUAAUUUGCAUGGCCCUGCUGUCCAUGCUGUACCUGUGCUCUUCCAACAUUUUCCGUCUCAUCAAUUACGUCGGCUUCGCCACAUGGCUCAGCAUAGGCGUUUCCGUGCUGUGCCUUCCGUGGCUCAGGUGGAGUCAGCCGAACUUGCCGAGGCCGAUUAAAGUGAAUCUCAUCUUUCCGAUCUUCUAUAUUCUUGCCACUCUCUUCGUUACGAUUGUGCCGAUGUACGCGAGUCCCGUUGAAACCGGAUACGGUUGUCUGAUGAUAUUCUCCUCCAUACCUGUCUACCUCAUAUUCAUCGCGUGGAAAAACAAGCCGAAAUUCUUCCAAAGAGGAGUCGUAAGCACGACAAGGCUGCUGCAAAAGAUAAUGCUGGUGGUCGGCAAGUCGAAACCCGCUCAGGUGUAAACAGUCAAGACAAAUCGGAUCGAGAUCGAAACGGCGAAGGCGAGGCCUCUUUGGAAGCGGAAGUCGCGGAGGAUUUUCGUCGAUCUUCGAGUUGUAGUCGAUGAUAACCAGUCUCCUCCUUUUAUCGAGAAAGAACGAGAUUGGUUGGCAUAUCGGUCUUCUGCUGGAUCGAGCGGAAUUAUUCUCUUGACUUUUCCGGAUUAGAAAAGGAGCGUCCUAGAACAAGAGGCAGCCAUAUCGAGUGUUAGGACGCCGAAGGGAAGGGAUGAAAUUAGGACGAAACGGCUCGUCUUCCAGGAUUCGGAUCUCGUCCUUGGCAGGCGCUCCCGGCAGUACCUGCUCGCCUAAAUCACGAAGCAAGGCUGCUGUCUCUCGUACGAUUUCACAACGAAGAGAGAUAUACGCGAGAUGACACGACUGCACGCUUCUGAAUUAAUUAAUCUUACUCGACAGCGUCGAAGUUCUCAUGCUUUCACAAAGAUAAGUUAAGUGCGAUCGAUAAUUUUAUAUUAGCGCUGUCAGUAUAUGCAAUGCCGUUGUUUCUCUGUGUUGCAGAUAUUAUCCGUAGAAUAAUUGUAAAUCUUUAAUAAUUUGCUCGAGUACAGAAUAUAAUAAUUAUAAAGAU